UGAAGCUUGGUCGGGCUGGACGGAGCUUGGAGCUGGUUGGAGCUCAGUAGAGUAACGCAUGGUGACGCUGCCUGACUUUCCUUGGUCUCUCGUGUUCGUUGUCAAUAGUGUCAGUGGUCAGCUGUAUUCCUGGAUACUCGUCUAACUCGUUGUGGAAGCGCGUCAAAGAUUGGCACGCGUAAACACGCCUCGAUUGCGAAUCCCCGUUACAUGAUUUAAGUGGAUUGUCUGGACAUUUAAACAGAGUAAGCAGUGUAUUAAAAUGGCUUGGCGUUUCAAAGCGUCCAAAUACAAAAAUGCAGCGCCAAUCGUUCCCAAGCCAGAGGCUUGUAUUCGAGAUAUCUCUGUGGGGUCGUAUCAGACCUAUGGCAAUAAUAUUGCAGCAUCCGCAGCGUUCAUGGCAUUCAAUGUCGAUCAUAAUGGAUCUAGCUUAGCAGUAUUGCCAUUGGAAGAUUGUGGCAGAAAAAGCAAAACUAUGCCACUGUUGCAUGCGCAUGCAGAUACUGUGACGGAUAUGGAUUUUUCUCCAUUUCACGAUGGCUUGCUUGCAACUGGGUCUCAGGAUUGUCUCGUAAAAUUAUGGCAUAUCCCAGAAAGUGGCUUGGAAGAAUCCUUAUGCAAUCCAGAAUGCACAUUCUCGCAUCGUCAACGAAGAGUGGAAGCAGUGUGCUGGCAUCCUUCUGCUGAACAUCUUCUGACCACUGCAUCAUUCACCAAUCUCUCGCUCUGGGAUGUUCUGUCACAACAGGAAUUAUUUUCUAAUAGCGACCACACCGAAGUAAUCCAGUCUGUAAGUUGGAAGGAAGACGGUACUGUUUUAGCGACAUCCUGCAAGGACAAACAACUGAGGCUUAUAGACCCGCGCGCAUCAACGUGUAUCGUUAAUUCAUGUUCGAGUCACCAAAGUAUUAAAGAUUCCAGAACAGUCUGGCUAAAUAACGACAGAAUACUCACCACAGGAUUUGAUGCAGCAAGACUUCGUCAAGUUUACAUUAGAGACUUAAGGCACUUGAAUGAGCCAAUGAAAACAUUGGAAUUAGAUUGUAGUACCGGUAUUUUGAUGCCGCUUUUUGAUCCCGACACAAAUAUGCUCUUCCUCGCUGGCAAAGGAGACACCACUAUUAUAUACAUGGAAGUCACAGAGAGAGAUCCUUAUCUAGUAGAAGGGAUCCGUCACAGUGGUGAACAAACUAAAGGAGUAUGCCUGGUUCCUAAACGAGCAUUAAAUGUAAUGCAAGCUGAAGUUAACAGGCUGUUACAGCUUACCUCUAAUAUGGUAAUUCCUAUCAUGUAUCAAGUUCCACGAAAAACAUACAGAGACUUUCAUGCAGACAUUUAUCCGGAUACAACUGGCCCUGUUGCUCAAAAUAACGCAACAUCAUGGCUUAAGGGUCAUAAUGCACCUGUACCAAAGAUGUCGCUAGAUCCUGCCAAAAGAAACAAAGGCCAAGAACCGAUUACUGUACACAAAGGGAACUUAGCGGUACUCAAAGACAAUCAGCGCGAAAUUAAAGUAGAACAAACAAAUCGAUCAUCGAAACCCUUGGUCAUUACCGCGCCAAAAGGAUUCUCGAAAGUGCAGAGCAACGUGACAACUAUGAAUGAACUACAACGUGAAAAUGAUAUCAAUAUAGAGAAAAAUGACAACAUCAUAAAUACUGAUAAGAUUGAAGAUUUGAAAAAGCCAUCCGAGGUAGAAGAAGAAAAGCUCAAGAUACAAAAUGGAGGACAAACCGUUCCACCAAAGCCUUUACCAAGAGCCUCAAGAACCAACAGUAUCUCCGAGGAGGAACCAAAACCAGUGGCACGUCCUCGUACAUCGCCAAAUCCAGGAUCAGUAGUUACAUCAGUAAAUCCUAACGCAAUUGGUGGAUAUAAGCCCCGACUUGGUCCUAAACCAUUCCAAGCAAAGUCCAGUAGUCAGGAAUUUUCAUUUGACAAGGUCUUCUCUGUACCAAUUGCACCGAAUAAUGACAGCAACACCAAUGGUUAUCAGAAUGAAAUUAAUAAUACUGCGGAGCAUAAUGCAGAAGUAGAUAAGUCUCCAACUUUAACAUCUAAUGAGCGUGCAAAGGAUAUGGAAAAUGGCAAGAGUGAUUCGAGCUCUAUCGAAGAAGAUGCUAAUUCAAGUGACUCUGGUUAUAAACCAAAGACACCAAGCACUGCAGAAAGACGCAAAGUGUUUGAGACGAAAGUGAAGGAUGAAUCACCUGAGAAUGAGGACGUUGGGAAUUUUGAACGUGGCACGAACAGGAACUCGAUCGCCGAAAGGCGGCGCCUUUAUGAGAGUCGAUCUGUGUCUGUCACCGAUGGGAAUUUGGCGGAAAAAGCUAUGGGUUCGCCGACCAUGCUGAGACGAAGAGAUUCUUUCAAGGGAAUCGCAAAGAGCGAGGUGAUUAAAGAGGAUGAAACGAAGAAGAGCAUUCCUAUAUUGCGACAGCAGAGCAUGGAUCCUAAAUUGGAAAAAGUGGAGCCUGUUGUAACACCAGUUUCAAAACGAACGUCAACAGUUUUCGGAAGAGUGUCCAAGUUUCGGCACUUGAAAGGUACUCCGGGACAUAAAUCUACGCAUAUUGAAAAUAUACGCAAUAUCAGUCGUCAAAUAUCCGGCGAAUGUGAUGGCUUCCACGCUAAUCCCGAUCGAGUGGCUGUACCUUUGAGUGGCCCAGGUGGAAAAAUAGCAGUGUUGGAAUUGAAAAAGACUGGAAGACUACCUGAUGGAGUUAUGCCAGCAUUAGUCCACGGCGCGACUGUAAUGGACUUUCAAUGGGAUCCAUUUGAUAAUCAGCGAUUAGCAGUUGCUUGUGAUGAUGGAAUAAUUCGCUUGUGGGAAAUACCUGAAUCUGGUUUGGCAGAACCGACAAACGAACCGAAAUACACCAUAGAAGCUCAUACCGAUAAAAUUUAUUUAAUCAAAUUUCAUCCACUGGCGUCAAAUGUUCUUGCAUCUGCUUCGUACGAUAUGACCGUCAAAAUCUGGGAUUUGUCGCUGUUAUCAUCUACUGAGAAUGCAAAAAUCACGUUAAUCGGUCAUACUGAUCAAAUAUUUAGCUUAGCGUGGUCACCAUGUGGCCAAUAUCUCGCCAGUACAUGUAAAGACGGUAAAUUACGGAUUUAUAAACCUCGAUCGAGUGACGUUUCAGUGAAAGAAGGAAAGGGUCCCGUUGGAACGAGGGGUGCAAGAGUUAUAUGGGCACUCGAAGGCAGAUAUCUCGUUGUAAUGGGCUUUGAUAAAGUUUCUGAAAGACAGAUUUAUGUAUUUAAAGUGGACAAUUUAAAUACUCCUUUGAACACUGUUGGAUUGGAUGUCUCGCCUGCCAUACUAAUGCCAUAUUAUGACGAAGAUAGCUCCACGCUUUUUCUAACUGGACGUGGUGAUUCUACAAUAUAUGCAUUUGAAGUAACCGAGGAAGCUCCAUAUUGCUGUCCAUUGAGUCAUCAUAGAUGUAGUAGCUUGCACCAGGGUUUGUCAUUCCUUCCAAAAAAUAAAUGUGACGUGGCCAGCGUGGAAUUCGCCUCUGCUUUGAGGCUAACAAAUAACACAAUAGAACCUUUAAGCUUCACCGUGCCGCGUAUAAAGAGCGAAUUGUUCCAAGAUGAUCUCUUUCCUCCAACUAAAGUUAUCUGGAAACCAACUUUAUCCGCGUCAGAGUGGUUUAACGGCGGCAAUAAACAACCAUCUAGAAUGUGUCUUAAGCCACCUGGUAUGGAUAAUUUAACUGAGAAUCAAUCUCAAAAUGCAGUUACACCUCCCCAAAUUGCAACCAAACCAUCACCAACCCCUUUUGGAAUCACUACACAAUCUUAUAAUAGAUUAGGAUGGAAUCCGGACAUUAAAGCAAAACAAGAAGAGAUCCAGAAAACUAUGAGCCAUUUUGUGGGAGACGUUAUCCAGUGUUCGUUAGAACAAGAUCACAUGGAAGGUGUUGAGGAACAUGAAUGGGACGAGUGAAAAUUUAAGACUUGUGGAUAGAUGCAAACUGGUAAGAUAAAAAUCUAAAACGUAGUUGUUUGAGCCGCGUAAGUUAUUCAUAAAUUAGAAUUAUAUAUCGCGCGAAUGGCAACAAUAUCGCAGUGUUACUGUGUAUAGAGUGAGAGACAGUGUGUUGUCGGAGAAGUAUACUUCCAACGAUUUUCUUUUGCGGGGGAAGUAAGAGAUAAAGUACAGUGUUUUAUAUCAAUUUACAACAAAUAAUACUCAUUUUUUCGUAAAUCUAGCUUAAGAUUUUGUAAUCGCAUUUUUUAAUGCAUAGAAGUAAGAAUCCAGGCCUUGUUAAACCACAUUAAUUUAAAGUAAAAAGAUAAACGAAGUAAAAAUGGCACAAGAUUUUUUAAUCUGAUUACAUUAAUGCAAUAUUUGAUAUAGCGCAGUGUCAGUAUGAUAACACAGUUCUUAUAAAACUAAAAUGCGUGAUUAUAGCUCUAGUCCCAAAUAAUUUUUUAAAAUCGCUUUUUUGUCUCACUUAUAUAUUAUUUCUAACUAUACCUAAAAAUAAUUCUGUACUAUUCUAUAGUAUAUCAUUGUAGAGAUUAUAUUAGAUGUAGGAUAUGCUUAAUUAUUGUCAAGAGACUUGGGAAGCUUAUAAUGCAAUUGGACAAUAGUUUUAUCUAUCUAUUUAAUGAAUAUCAGUUUUGAAAGUUUAAUGGAUGAGUAAUUCUUCUUAGAGCGAGUAUGCUAGUAUAUUCGUUACAAUCAUUAUCUGCUUUUCAGUACCGAAUGUAAAUUCCGAUCAUAUAAAUCAGUACCGAUAUCAAUUGUGUCAGAGACAAUUAUUGACGAUUUUUUAAUUAUUUACUAUAUAUAUAUCGAGCAUUAGAAUGAUCAAUUUUCUACGUAAACGAGAAAAAAUUGCAAUAAUGUGCCAUUUGUGAAACGACAGACAUAAUCCAAUCUGCCGUUAAUAAGAAAGAGAAAAAACAGUAUUACAAACAAUAUUAUUAGUUUUUUAAAAAUAAUUUAUUUCCCAUUAAAGUUGACAUUCCUUAUUUAAUUUAUUUAAUUGCCACACCAGUGCCAGAUUUAUCUUUGUCUCGAUAAUGCCAGGUGUCAAUAAUAGUCUCAAUGUAUAAUAUGUCAUAAUAUAAUAUAUUAUUACUGAUAAUAGAGCAAAUGACAGUUUCGUCGCAAAUUGUGGGAGGGGGGGGGGCAGAUGGUUUUUUACGAUUUCAUAUUUCAUAUCUUUGCACGCACAUACAAAAAGACAUUAUACAAAUUAAGUGAUAAAUUCAACGCGCAAAUAAAUAAUCUUAAGCGAUUAAUUUAAUUUUAUAGCUGAUAAGCACUUAAUGAACUUUCUGCAAUAUUUAAGCGAUAUUAAUGGAGAAAAAAUGACUGAUCCUCUUUUUACAAUAAUCUUUCUUAUCAAAAUAUUGAAUAAUAAC